AUGCUGUAUCCGAAAAUGAAAAAGAGAACUUAUGAUGACUAUACUGUAGGCUGGGUAUGUGUCCUCGACCACGAACUCACCGCAUCGAGAGCGCUGUUAGAUGAAGAACACGAUCCACUUCCACCAAGAGAGAAUGAUGACAAUAACUAUAUCCUUGGAAGAAUGGGGAAACACAACGUUGUUAUUGUGUUUCCUGGGUUCAUUGGCACAACUUCAGCCUCCCAAACUGUAACAAACAUGGUCCGUACCUUUCGCAAGAUUCGUUUUGGAUUGUUGGUGGGGGUCGGAGGUGGGGCUCCAGCGCCUCCCAGCCAUGAUCCACGGAAAGAUAUCCAUCUCGGUGACGUGGUAGUCAGUUUUCCGAGGGAUGGACACGGUGGAGUUAUUCAAUAUGACAUGGGGAAAUGGUUGGAAGGGGGUCAAUUUGCAAGCAAGUCGCACCUAAAUAAGCCUCCCUUAGUGUUGGUGAAGGCAAUAAAACAUCUACAAUCAGACCACAACUUUGGAAAGGGUCAGAUGUGGGAGUAUAUGGAUGGAGUCGCUAAAUCAAAUUUGCCAGCCUUGGAAGGUUUCGGCUUUCCUGGACAGGAUUUGGACCAACUAUUCAAAGGAGAUUACAAGCAUGUAACUGGUGAGCAUUGUUCAUCCUGCGCUGCGGCUCAACUCGAACAACGAGCAAUCCGAAAGUCCACUCGUCCCGAAAUUCAUUACGGGCUUAUUGCAUCUGGAAAUGCAGUUAUGAAAUCAGCUAGGCGUCGAGACGAACUUCGGCGGAAGGAGGGCGUGUCUUGUUUUGAGAUGGAGGCGGCAGGUCUCAUGGAUAACUUUCCCUGUGUCGUUAUUCGAGGGAUUUGUGACUACUCGGAUAGUCACAAAUCUGAAAUUUGGCAGCCAUAUUCCUCUGUCGUCGCCGCGGCAUACGCAAAAGACUUGCUUCGGAUAAUAUUUCCGGAAGAAGUUCAAAGAACUCCUCCAGCACAAAACAGAUUCUCUCAGGAUUCACCAAGCCGUGAGCGAUCUAAAGGAAGUGAACUAGCUCAUUCAACAGAUAGCGAGUUGCUCACCCGGCUCGCCGAGUUGGAGAUGAAGAAUAAGGGCCUUGAGGAAGCAGUGACGUGUCGAACUAAUGAGAGUAUGGGCUUGAAACAGAAACUCGCCGCGUUGGAGCAGGCAUAUAAUUCACAAUUACUUCCCCGCUCUUACGCAUAUAUUCCUUCUCUCGAAUCGCCUGCGUUUGGACUCCUUUCUGCAAAUGAUAUACUCAAAAUUAUUAAAACAGAUCGUGACGCUUUUACGCAAGGUGUAGCCACUUCAAAGACAAUUCCCGUGCUUUAG